AUGAGGUCUCUUGGGACGGCUGAUGACCCUACCCAAUCUCGCCUCUUGAAAAAUGCAGGAGAGCGCCUCGUUGCCUUCAUGUGUUAUGGCGCCAAACUCUCCAGCGUGUCGUCUGCUGCUACCGUUCUCUCUCGGGACACUGGCUUCGCUCUUUUUCAGUUCCUCACCCGUGUAGUUCAGAUCCUCAGCCUUGUAGUUCAGAUCCUCACCCCUGCAGUUCAGAUCCUCAGCCCUGUAGUUCAGAUCCUCAGCCCUGUAGUUCAGAUCCUCACCCCUGUAGUUCAGUUCCUCACCCGUGUAGUUCAGAUCCUCAGCCUUGUAGUUCAGAUCCUCACCCCUGCAGUUCAGAUCCUCAGCCCUGUAGUUCAGAUCCUCAGCCCUGCGGAGACGCGCGUGCCUACACUGGUAACUCAGGCGGAGACGCGCGUGCCUACACUGGUAACUCAGGCGGAGACGCGCGUGCCUACACUGGUAACUCAGGCGGAGACGCGCGUGCCUACACUGGUAACUCAGGCGGAGACGCGCGUGCCUACACUGGUAACUCAGGCGGAGACGCGCGUGCCUACACUGGUAACUCAGGCGGAGACGCGCGUGCCUACACUGGUAACUCAGGCGGAGACGCGCGUGCCUACACUGGUAACUCAGGCGGAGACGCGCGUGCCUACACUGGUAACUCAGGCGGAGACGCGCGUGCCUACACUGGUAACUCAGGCGGAGACGCGCGUGCCUACACUGGUAACUCAGGCGGAGACGCGCGUGCCUACACUGGUAACUCAGGCGGAGACGCGCGUGCCUACACUGGUAACUCAGGCGGAGACGCGCGUGCCUACACUGGUAACUCAGGCGGAGACGCGCGUGCCUACACUGGUAACUCAGGCGGAGACGCGCGUGCCUACACUGGUAACUCAGGCGGAGACGCGCGUGCCUACACUGGUAACUCAGGCGGAGACGCGCGUGCCUACACUGGUAACUCAGGCGGAGACGCGCGUGCCUACACUGGUAACUCAGGCGGAGACGCGCGUGCCUACACUGGUAACUCAGGCGGAGACGCGCGUGCCUACACUGGUAACUCAGGCGGAGACGCGCGUGCCUACACUGGUAACUCAGGCGGAGACGCGCGUGCCUACACUGGUAACUCAGGCGGAGACGCGCGUGCCUACACUGGUAACUCAGGCGGAGACGCGCGUGCCUACAUUGGUAACUCAGGCGGAGACGCGCGUGCCUACACUGGUAACUCAGGCGGAGACGCGCGUGCCUACACUGGUAACUCAGGCGGAGACGCGCGUGCCUACACUGGUAACUCAGGCGGAGACGCGCGUGCCUACACUGGUAACUCAGGCGGAGACGCGCGUGCCUACACUGGUAACUCAGGCGGAGACGCGCGUGCCUACACUGGUAACUCAGGCGGAGACGCGCGUGCCUACACUGGUAACUCAGGCGGAGACGCGCGUGCCUACACUGGUAACUCAGGCGGAGACGCCCGUGCCUACACUGGUAACUCAGGCGGAGACGCGCGUGCCUACACUGGUAACUCAGGCGGAGACGCGCGUGCCUACACUGGUAACUCAGGCGGAGACGCGCGUGCCUACACUGGUAACUCAGGCGGAGACGCGCGUGCCUACACUGGUAACUCAGGCGGAGACGCGCGUGCCUACACUGGUAACUCAGGCGGAGACGCGCGUGCCUACACUGGUAACUCAGGCGGAGACGCGCGUGCCUACACUGGUAACUCAGGCGGAGACGCGCGUGCCUACACUGGUAACUCAGGUGGAGACGCGCGUGCCUACACUGGUAACUCAGGCGGAGACGCGCGUGCCUACACUGGUAACUCAGGCGGAGACGCGCGUGCCUACACUGGUAACUCAGGCGGAGACGCGCGUGCCUACACUGGUAACUCAGGUGGAGACGCGCGUGCCUACACUGGUAACUCAGGCGGAGACGCGCGUGCCUACACUGGUAACUCAGGCGGAGACGCGCGUGCCUACACUGGUAACUCAGGCGGAGACGCGCGUGCCUACACUGGUAACUCAGGCGGAGACGCGCGUGCCUACACUGGUAACUCAGGCGGAGACGCGCGUGCCUACACUGGUAACUCAGGUGGAGACGCGCGUGCCUACACUGGUAACUCAGGCGGAGACGCGCGUGCCUACACUGGUAACUCAGGCGGAGACGCGCGUGCCUACACUGGUAACUCAGGCGGAGACGCGCGUGCCUACACUGGUAACUCAGGCGGAGACGCGCGUGCCUACACUGGUAACUCAGGUGGAGACGCGCGUGCCUACACUGGUAACUCAGGCGGAGACGCGCGUGCCUACACUGGUAACUCAGGCGGAGACGCGCGUGCCUACACUGGUAACUCAGGUGGAGACGCGCGUGCCUACACUGGUAACUCAGGCGGAGACGCGCGUGCCUACACUGGUAACUCAGGUGGAGACGCGCGUGCCUACACUGGUAACUCAGGCGGAGACGCGCGUGCCUACACUGGUAACUCAGGUGGAGACGCGCGUGCCUACACUGGUAACUCAGGCGGAGACGCGCGUGCCUACACUGUGUGACUUUGAAAGUGUUGCAGUUCUAGCUGCUGAUGUUGUCCAGAGACAGUACGUGUCGUCUGUCCUCCGGGCGUGUCGCCUGUCCUCCGGGCGUGUCGCCUGUCCUCCGGGCGUGUCGCCUGUCCUCCGGGCGUGUCGCCUGGCCUCCGGGCGUGUCGCCUGGCCUCCGGGCGUGUCGCCUGGCCUCCGGGCGUGUCGCCUGGCCUCCGGGCGUGUCGCCUGGCCUCCGGGCGUGUCGCCUGGCCUCCGGGCGUGUCGCCUGGCCUCCGGGCGUGUCGCCUGGCCUCCGGGCGUGUCGCCUGGCCUCCGGGCGUGUCGCCUGGCCUCCGGGCGUGUCGCCUGGCCUCCGGGCGUGUCGCCUGGCCUCCGUGUCCGUAGUUCCACUGUGGCUGAUCCGGUGUUGGUCGCGAUGGAACUGGGGUUCGCAGUUUUCUGCCGCUGGCGCCACUGCUCAUCUCUCUCCCUCUUUGCGUAA